CCCGGUCGGUCCCCCCACGCAGAGCUACCGGAGCGUGCCAUAAUAUAUUGCAGAGCACCGAGCAAAAGGGGUGCUUCCAUGAUCAUCAUACCAACAAAACCUCUCACAAACCACAGGGCAACCGGCAGCACCCCCGCUAUCUAGAACCGUGUGCUCCAUCCCAUUAGCUGUUGCUUCUGACGAUCUCAUUGUUCAUCUUCAGACUGGUUUGUUUAGCUUCCACCCGUUCUUGGGAUUCUGGUGCGUUUGAGACUUGCGAGGUGAAGGAGCCUUUCAGAAGUUUGGAAGAAAGGAUGCCUCUGAACUCUUGAAGUUUGAGGCAGCAUGAGUGAGUGUGGAAGGGAGGGACACACAGCUUGAGUUUGCCACUCCUCUUCUCCUGCCACUAGCUGUUCAGAGUCGGCAAGGGGACUUUGUGUUUGUGUCCGUUGAUCCUUCUCCGGUUUAGGAGCCCCUCCGGAGGUUAGUUCUGCGUGCUUGUUGCUGUUUUGAUCGGGGUGGUCAAUCGGUUGACACAAAUGCUAGCGUCUGGGAGAAGGCUGCUCCUUGUGCGCACAAGCUUUGUGAUUCUUUCGCUUCUUGUGCCGUCCGAUGGCGCAUCGAAUUCCAUGGAGACUCUCAAUCAGAGCCACAACAAGACCGGGAAUCCUUUGGAGAUGACACCCAAAGUAUCAUUUCAGCUCAAGCUACACGCAUUGUUCCAUUGGACUUCGUUCGGUUUCUUGAUGCCAUUAGGGAUAAUACUAGUCAGGAUGUCAAGCAAAUCCCGUAAUGGCGGAUGCAUUCGACUCCUCUUCUAUUGCCAUGUCAUUUCACAGGUUGCAGCUGUCCUUCUUGCUACAGGCGGUGCGGUACUGUCCUUGAUGAACUUUGAAAACUCAUUCAGUAACAGUCACCAAAGAGUAGGAUUGGCACUGUAUGGAGUCAUGUGGCUUCAGCCAAUUAUCGGAUUCUUCAGGCCAGAAAGAGGUGUAAAGGUGAGGAGUCUUUGGUACUUCUUCCAUUGGUUCCUUGGAAUCACAAUCUGCGCCACGGGCAUCGUGAACGUCUACAUUGGCCUUCAUACCUACCAUGAGAAAACCACCAAGAGCGUGAGGCUCUUGACUGGCCUCCUCACCGUUGAGGUCAUCUUGCUGGCUUUCUCCUACCUCAUGAUAGAUAGAUGGAGCUAUAUGAUGAAGCAAGGGCACGUCUCCGUUGAGCAGCUAAGGCCUACCGACAACCGAAGAACCUAUCCGACCACCCUUCGGAAAGAGCUAGCUAUGGUGCAAGAGUGAGAUCUCCAAAUGGAAAGGCAUUGUUGGAUGGAAGGCGAGGUGCUGUAAAGUUUGCUGAAGAAGAUAGUAAUGUUGCUAAUGGUUUGGUAACUUGUUUGCUAUGAGAGGUGUGACGUUCUUUAGAACAUGUGAGAGUGAGAGUGUGCAUUCCAGAAUAUUGUACAGCUUUUACAGUUGAGUUGAGAAUGCAGAGGAUUCAGGAUUGGAGCCUCUGGUGUUGCAUCUUGCA